UCAACAACCGAGCAACUUUAUGAAACUUCAAGUUAGUUUGACGAGCAAAGUUUAUUAUGUGAUGUGAUACGUACUUCGGUGGAUUUUUUCUGAACCUGUUGAUGUUUGUAAAUAAAUUUAGACCGUUCAUUAUGUGAUUUUGUUGUGUUUUAUUGUUCGUAUAUCAAGUCGAAAUCUGUGUACCAAAAUUGGAGCUAUAGCCGCCACAAACAUGGGUUUGAAUUUAUCUUAUUUGAAAGAAUCCUCUUCGGAAGAGACAGAAAGGCCCGAAAGUGUUAUUUCAUCGAAAUUACAUGGUCGGCAGGCUAGUGUGAGGCAAAGUACGAUAAGACCCAAACAGAAACAACCGAUGCCGGAUCCACACGAGCUGGAAAAAAGAUUCACCAAAGUUUUGGCCUCGAUGGACCUCCCACCUGACAAAGCCAAAUUACUCCGAAAUUAUGACUCUGGGAAGAAAUGGGAAAUAAUCUGUGAUCAAGAAAUGGUGCAAGCAAAGGACCCACCGUCUUAUUAUUUAAAUAAACUUAGGACAUAUUUGGACCCAAAAGCUUCUCGGAGUCAUAGGAAACGAAAAAUGGUGGGCGAAUCAACUUCGACUCAAGUGCUCAGAGAUCUAGAAAUAUCAUUGCGGACCAACCAUAUAGAAUGGGUCCGAGAGUUCCUCAACGAGGAUAACAAUGGUUUGGACGUCCUCAUUGAUUAUCUCAGCUUUCGACUUGGCAUGAUGAGGCACGAACAGAGAAUAGCCGAGUCCCGUUCGGAGUCUGAGGAAAAGCUUAAUCCUUCUUCCCCAAACUCCACGGUGAACUAUCAGAACUCAACGUUGGAUAGGACGAAUGGACAUCUUAGGACCUCCUUGGACAUAAGCGGCAGUCCUAGUCUCAAGAGAAGAUCGAAACAUGUUGCGAAACUGAACAUGGGAGAGUCGAAAGAUGACAUUCACGUCUGUAUUAUGUGUAUGAGGGCUAUAAUGAACAAUAAGUAUGGAUUCAAUAUGGUUAUUCAACACAGAGAAGCAAUAAACUGCAUAUCCCUCAGUUUAAUCCACAAGAGGUUACGAACUAAAGCAUUAGUACUGGAAUUAUUGGCUGCCAUUUGUCUAGUAAAAGGGGGUCAUGAAAUAAUCCUCUCGGCAUUCGACAACUUCAAAGAAGUUUGUCACGAAAAACACCGAUUUGAAACGCUCAUGAACUAUUUCCUUAAUUAUGAGGUCUUCAAUAUAGAAUUUAUGGUUGCUUGUAUGCAAUUUGUGAACAUUAUAGUUCAUUCGGUAGAGAACAUGAAUUUCAGGGUCCAUUUACAAUAUGAAUUCACUGCCUUAAAUUUAGAUAGUUACUUAGAAAAAUUAAAACAUACCGAAAGUGAAGAAUUACAAGUGCAGAUAUCAGCUUACCUCGAUAACGUUUUUGAUGUGGCUGCUUUGAUGGAAGACAGUGAAACUAAAACAGCAGCUUUGGAGAAGGUAGCAGAGCUUGAAGAUGAAGUGUCACAGCUUCAUGAGAGGCUGCAAGAGUUCGAACAUCAGGCAUUAGAAAAGAUGGCCCAUUUAGAAACAGAACUGUUACAAGUCAGAUCAGAAAGAGAUGAACUCUUGGAAAUAAAGCGAAAAGCGGAUGAAGAAGUUACAACUCUCAGAAGGGUUGUGCAACACCAUGAACAAGAAUCUAAAAACAGACAAUCUAUGUUUGAAUCUAAAAUUGCCGAAUUGGAGAAUGUUUCUAAGACGAUUCCGAAAGGAACCUCAAUGCCUGGCAUUUCGGAUAUUUUGAAGGAUAGUCCUCCAGGAAAAACCGCAACACCGGAUUCUUCUGUGAUAAUACCACCUCCCCCACCUCCGGCGCCGGUUAUCGCACCACCCCCUCCACCAUGUCCUCCACCACCUCCAGUUAAAAUGCCCUCAGCUCCUAUUCCUCCUCCUCCAGCAGGAUUCAUGCAAGCACCUGAUGGAGCGAUGACCAUCAAGAGGAAAGUACAAACUAAAUAUAAGCUGCCCACCAUAAAUUGGGUAGCUCUGAAACCUAACCAGGUUAGGGGCACAAUCUUUAAUGAGCUAGAUGAUGACAAGUUGCACAAUUACAUAGAUUUCCAUGACUUUGAAGAGAGAUUCAAAAUUGGUCAUUCGGGACUUAUGGCCAAUGGCAACAAUGAAGUAGAUGGUCUCACUUCCUUCCCUAGUAAGAAAUUCAAGAAACCUGAGAAUGUAUCGUUAUUGGAACACACAAGAUUGAGGAAUAUUGCAAUAUCUCGAAGAAAACUAGAAAUGCCUGUAGAGAAAGUAAUCAACGCAGUUAAUAUGCUGGAUUUGAAACAACUUUCAUUAGAAAAUGUUGAACUCCUUCAAAGGAUGGUUCCUACAGAGCCCGAAACCAAAGCCUAUAGAGACUACAUUAACGAAAAGAAAAACAUCAAUUUAUUGACUGAAGAAGAUAAAUUCCUACUACAACUUACGAAAGUUGAAAGGAUAUCUGUGAAGUUGUCGAUAAUGAGUUACAUAGGAAAUUUUUAUGACAAUAUACAUCUCAUUACACCUCAAAUACAUGCAAUAAUCUCUGCCUCAAAUUCUGUAAAACAUUCCAAGAAGUUGAGAUCUGUUCUAGAAGUAGUUUUAGCUUUUGGAAAUUAUCUAAACAGUAGUAAAAGAGGUCCAGCAUAUGGAUUCAAACUACAGUCACUAGAUUCACUAUUAGAUACGAAAACAACAGAUAAAAGAAUGUGCCUUUUACAUUACAUCGUAAAUACCAUUCGGCAAAAAUUCCCAGAGCUUCUGAAUUUCGAUUCUGAAUUACAUUAUAUCGAGAAAGCCGCAUUUGUUUCUCUCGAAAACAUCCAAACAGAUCUACAGGAACUGGAGAAAGGCAUGGAUUCUGUAAGGAAAGAGGCCGAUCUGAGAGGCAAAGGUGCACAAAGUCUAGUCAUUAAAGAUUUUCUCCAAAAUUCUGAAGAGAAAUUGAGAAAACUGAAAUCAGAGUUCAAAACAGCUCAAGAAGCUUUUCGUGAAUGUGUUGAAUUCUUUGCUGAAUCGCCAAGAACAACCGAUGCUAACACAUUUUUCCCGCUUCUUGUUCGAUUUGUCAAAGCUUUCAAGGUGGCUGAUCAAGAGAAUGAACAGAGAAGAAGGUUAGAGUUAGCAGCAAUUAAUGCAAAUAACAAAACAAAUGAAGAUGUGGCCAAAAAGAAUAAGAUCAAUCAGAAGAAACAGCAGGAUGCAUUGAUAAAUGAGUUGAAGCACAAGACACGUUUGGUCAAAGAAAAGAAACUGCUCCAGCAAGAUGAAGUUUAUAAUGGUGCAUUAGAGGACAUAUUACUUGAAUUAAAAAGUGAACCCUACAGACGAGCGGAUGCCGUAAGAAGAAGUCAGAGAAGAAGGAUAGACAGCAACAGACUCUCAAAGACUAUGGAAGAAUUUGAAAUUUGAGUGAAUAAAUUUGUUCAAUGAUAUCAAUCAUCUUCAUUUGAACAGAAAAUAGUCUGAGCUCCUCAUAGGAAGAAAUAUUUUUAUAACAUAUCGGUUUGUAUUCCAGUUGAUAAAUCUGUUAUAAUAAUGUAUACGAUAUAACUAGAAAAUGCAGAGUUCUUUUGAAUGUAUAUAUCAAAUCUUGCCUUCUACAUGAAUUUAUUUAUUCAAAUAAGUGCCUGAGUUGACCAAAAUUAUAAUUUCCUUGUAUCUGCAUCUUCAGGAACGAUUUUAUUCUUUUCGGAUACAUUCUUUCUGUCUUCAUGUCCGAUGGAAACUAAAGUGAUUGAAAAUAUUCAGCAUGAUCGAUGAACCAAUUGUGAUAUUAAAAUACUCAGAGGUGCCUUAUCAAGACUAACAUUUUUACAAAAAAUCAAUUCAAAAUAUUUAGGUGCAAAACCAUAUUUCGUAAUUAGUUUCAACUCAUGUACUAAUGCCAUUCCAUUUGACAAAUUUCAAUCGGAGAACAAGGAAUAUCACUUCCAAAAAUAUUUGUAGCAGGAAGGUUCAUUUAUUUUAUGGUUAUUUAAUUAAGUGUUUGAACUCUGCUCUUUUCACUACUGAAUGUUUUCAAUAUAAAUAUUAUAUAAAUAUGAUUUACUCGUGUUGAACAUAAACAGUAUGUCAGAUUAAAAUAUUAAGAUUUAUUCUUUUUUGGCUGUUGCUUAAUUUCCAUUUGUAGUACCGAACAAUGAAAGCUUUGAAUAUCACAAAAUUGACAAAUUAUUUCGUGAAGAAAUAAUUAAUAAUGUCAAUUAUUUGUGGCACAAAUUUAUCUGGAAACAAUUGAUUAUCACUAUUUAUUUAAGAAAUAUCUUUUUGUUGAAAUAUGAAAAAUAAUUAGAAGAGUAAGUGUUAAGUUUUCUAAAUGAUGUAAAUAAUUUACGUUGUGUACAUUACUUUCAUAAUUGUAUAACCAAAAAUUUGUGAUUUUUUACUUAAGAAUGAUGUGUAAAUUUAUAAAAUACUUUAUUUUAUUUACAAAUGUUUUAUAAAUAAAGUUUGAAUAUAUCUAGA